GAAAACGCCAGGCGAGCUCAGGUAUCCCUUUCCCCUGCAAACUGUAGUUGCACCCCGACACCACCAGUUGCAAGUCUCUGCUCCUAGGUCUCCACUGCAAGAAUCUUAACUACGAGGAGUGAUCAACAUACCCUAGCAAUGGAUUCAUAUUACCAAGCUGAUCAUUGUGAUGAUAAUGCAACAGUGGAAGUUAGUACUGGAAAAUUAAUUUUUGCAGUACUAAUCAGCUUUGUAAUUGCGCUCCUGAUUCAUUUAGCAUACCUCUUACAACAUGCCAGCGCUAGUGACAAUGGGCACAUGUGCACAGAUCCAGCAGCAUCUGGUACCGCCAACUCUCGACAUGAACCUGAAGAUCAUUGCCAGCUAGUGGACCCAGUAUCAGUGGAGUAUGGGCUGGAUAGUGUCCUCUUUGACGUAUGGCAAGCCAAAUUACUACCUAUGCUGUCAGUUGCGGACAUCUUUCAGCUGUCGGGCACUAGCAGGCGACUCAGGGAGAUGCUGCUAAAUGAAUACACGUUCAAACGGAUAUGUCAGAAGCGGUAUCAUCUCAGUCCUAACUUGGAAAUGUCGUAUAUUCGAGCUGCACGAAUUCUCUACAUAGCAGACAGUGUGGCUAGUAUGCAUCUUAGCCCGUGGGAGAGCAUAAAUAAUUUGCUUUUCGAAGGGGCUAAUCGCCAGGUUUUCGACCGUAUGGAUACAUUGUUUAAGCAAUUAUCGACUCUGGCGUUGAUGGCACCUCCAACUGCGGGUCAGAUCACAAGCUGUACCUUCUCUUGUUUGCAGGAUGAACUGGUCUAUGUCGAGUUCGUAUCUGUAGAUGAAGCGUGUGAAAUUAUUCCAAACGUUUCGCGGAAGUUGUUUGGGCCAGGUUCAUCGGAUUCAGACGAAGGCAUGACCACGGAUGCAUGUAGUAUAGAAGAUUUGGUUUCUUUGCUUCUAGAAAAGUGUGGCUCUAUUGAAGAGAACCAAGAAGCUAUGAUCGAACAUUUGCAGAGAGAUAUCCCAACGCUAGAAUCAUACUUGCCCUAUGUGUACCGAUCGAGAAGGCUUGUUAAUAUUGCAAUAUGUCUUUACAGCAUUGCAAAGCACGACAAAAGUGCAUUAACCUCCCCGGUCACAGCAUGGUUAUGGACAUACAUUUAUGAGCACUGUCUGCAGACUCCAAUCAUUUCUGCAUGGACGGAUAAUGCUUUCGUUCAUUGGAAUUUCGUCGAUGUGAGGAGUUAUCUUGAAAAAUAUGAUUUGAUUGGGAUUAGAUAUUGGACAUACGCCAUCGGACAGCUCGCAACCAAACAUUCCGUUCUCAAGCUCCUGAUAAUGGGACGAAUGCGGACGGUUCAUGUCGAGGAUUAUUUCAUGGCUGUCCUGGAGUAUGAAGAGUUCUUGAAGGGAUUGCCAAAGUCCAGUAUCCCUGAUCGUGCAACUCUCUACCUACAAUUGGGAAGUUACCUACAACCUGCCUCACAAGGAUCACAUUCUAGAACAGAAUGGACAUCAGACGAAUUGUUCAAAGCCAUGGAGGGCUAUGGAAAGUUGUUGGCUACGAAAUGAUUCGAAGCCGCGUCAUGAAGAAGAAGGGAUGAGGAGAAUAUCGGAGCAGCUGAGUGCCAGUAUCACAACAGCCAGUGCAGUUUUGUGACCUCAUUGUAAUGAUUUCUGGACGGGUGCAUUGCUAAAGAUGUGUGAAAUUUUCAUUUCGUCACCUUUUUUGUUAACCGCUGUUAUUUUCAGGGUGUCUCUGUAUUAAUGGAACUAGAUGUAAUAUGAAUGCUAGGUUUGAAAAACUGUUAGCGUUGGUAAAUGUACGAACAACACCAAAUUCUGUAAACAUUCAGACCGGUUCAGUAAUGUCAAUUUCGAUCUUUCUCCGUUUAGGAUCCUUGUUACUGUUCACUUUCCUGUAAUAAAACAUUGUUUCAGGUAUUAUGUAUAGCUAGACGCAAGCCAUGGACCUUGU